AUGAAGAAUGACAAGAAGAGGGUUGCUGUAAAAUGUUUGAGGGGCAAGGGGAAAUGCAAAUGGUAUGCUUAUUGUGCCUAUAGGUCUGGUGCGAAGUCAUGGCAGCUAAGAAAAGUGAUUGAUGAUCACAACUGUAGUACAAAUUUCAAUGUGAAGUUGAUGACUUCUAAGUGGUUGAGUCAAAGGAUGGAAAAAUCAGUCAGAGAGAACCCUAAUAUGAAGAUCAUGGACAUUACGGACAAAGUAAGUAGGAAAUGGAAUGUAGGAAUCUCUAGAAAUAUGGCUUUUAGGGCAAGAGCCAUGGCAAAAGAUAAUAUUGAGGGGUCAUUCAAUGAACAAUAUAGAAGAAUCUAUGAUUAUGGUCAUGAGCUUCUCAAAGCAAAUCCAGGUUCAACAGUCAAAACAAAGGUUGAAAAGAGUAAUGAUGAGUGUAUAUUCAAUAGAAUUUAUGUAUGCUUGAAAGCAUGCAAAGAUAGCUUCAUUAGUUGUAGACCCAUCAUUGGUUUGGAUGGAUGCUUUUUGAAAGCUAGGUUUUGGUCAAGAUCUAGAUUCACCCCUAGAUCACAAUCUGACACUCUUGUCAACAACAUGUGUGAGGGCUUCAGCAGUGUGCUAGUUCGUACCAGGUGUAAGCCAAUUAUCACUAUGUUAGAAGACAUUAGAGUUUACAUCAUGAAGAGAUGGGCUACGAACAGGACAAAGAUGACACUAUAUCAAGGUUUUGUGUGCCCUAAGGUUCUGAACAGAUUUCAAAAGCAGUCAUGGUUAACCAGAUAUUGGUUACCAAGAUGGUCAUCUCAAUUAUUUGAAGUCCUACACAUUUCACAAUUUGGGGAGCAAUAUGUUGUGAAUCUUGAAAACAAGGAGUGCAGUUGUAGAAAGUGGUUAAUUACUGGCAUUCCUUGCACUCACGCCAUAACCGCAAUGAAAUUCUUGAAUUUAAAUGCAGAAGACUACAUUAGCCAUUGGUUUAGGAAGUCUACUUAUGAAGAGACCUACAACACCAUCAUUUAUCCUAUUAAUGGUUAA